AUGGCCUCCAUGAUCACCCGCCGCUUCUUCUCCACGACGGUCCGCCGCAUGGAGAAGCUGCAGCAGACCACCAGCAAGCAGGAGCUGCAGUCCGAGUCCAAGCGCAACCCCGAGACUUUUAUUCUGGGCGGUGUCAUGGUUCUUGCUCUGGGCGGUGCUGGCUUCUACUUUGGCCGCUCCCCCACCGGCGCAACCUCCGAAUCCCCCGUCAACGUCGCCGCCAUGCCCUGGCAGGGCGACGCCGAGGGCAAGUACAAGUACCACCCCGGCGGCGACCCCAACGCCGCCCCCCGCGACGCCCCCAGCGCCCUCAACGUCGUCAUCAUCCCCAACGUCACCGCCCCCAAGGAGGCUCACGAGAAGUUCAACAAGUGGGGCAAGGAGGGCUACCCUUAAAAGCAAGCAAAGACUUGACAAAUUUGAAAUGGAUGCGUCUUUUGAAAGACACAGAAAGGGGAGAGAGAGAGAGAGAGAGAGAGCAUGCUUUGCUAUUGGGCUGUACUUAAACUGAAAGCACAGGCGAUGUGCCUGUUGUAGAUAUAUAUCGAGUGGCUGGGUGAGGACGGGAGAUGCUAUCGAGAUGAACCAUGUUUUUUUCUUCUUGAAAACGGGACAGUGACAAUGAGAGAAAAGAAGGACAGGAGAAAGAGGACUUUU